UGAGAGUGAAGACUUCACGCCAGGUGAAAAAGUCACCUGGAGAAAUAUUGAUGAAAACCCUCUGCGCCACAGGGGGAUAGUUGUGUGGGAGCUCUACGAGUGAAGGAUUUUCAAUAUUGCCACGGCUGUAGUCGAUCAUUUUUGAUCACAAUAAUCAAUGCGCUGCAUAGCUGUUCCUCAUCUUACGCCGCUAAUACCGGACAUCGACAUUUCCUUUUGCUCGUUUUUGAAUUCGAUUGAGAUCGUGGCUGCAUUGUCGCAGAUGAUUCCUCGGAGUUCGCUUCAGCCUUGUUGUGUGGGUAUCAAGAAACGAGUGGAAAAGAAAAAGUUGCAACAUCUGUUAUUCCUACAUCUAAUCCUCGGCUGA